GGCGCUGUGUGAAUACAACGAACACAGAGGAGGAACUUCAAAAACAGGAAGUAUGUGUACACUGUUGUCAAGAUGUCGGCGCACGAUCAGCUGGUGCUCUGUUUGUGUGAAUUAACGAGGUUGCUGUGGAAGCUGCUCCUCCCUCUCCUGUUUCUAUGCGUGCUCCUCAUUGCUGUCCUGGUCCUGCUGGUGGUCGCUGUCCGCCUCUGGCUUCAGAACAGCAGGAACGCUCGGCGGGCGAGGGACGGACGCCCGACUGUUGCCUUCUUCCACCCUUACUGUAACGCAGGGGGCGGGGGAGAGAGGGUGCUGUGGUGUGCUAUCCGGGCUCUGCAGAACAGGUACGUGGAUGUUAACUUUGUGGUGUACACGGGGGACCUGGGUGUGACAGGUCAGCAGAUUCUGGACGGAGCUCGUCGCCGUUUCAACAUCGUCCUCCCCCGGCCCGUUCAGUUCGUGUUCCUGAGGCACCGCCUCCUGGUGGAGCCCGGUCUGUUUCCUCACUUCACCCUGCUGGGGCAGAGCGUGGGCUCCAUCUUCCUGGGAUGGGAGGCUCUGACAGAGUUCGUCCCGGACCUUUACAUCGACUCCAUGGGCUACGCGUUCACGCUGCCCCUCUUCCGAUACUUAGGAGGCUGCAGCGUGGGGAGUUACGUGCACUACCCCACCGUCAGCACUGACAUGCUGUCUGUGGUGAGAGAGAGGAACCCCAGGUUCAACAACACCGACUACGUCACCAACAACCUCUUCCUGAGCGCCUUCAAAGUGGUCUACUACUGCCUCUUCGCUCUGCUCUACGGCAUGGCCGGCUCUUGCAGCGACCUCAUCAUGGUCAACUCCUCCUGGACCCUGGACCACAUCCUGUCGCUGUGGCGCGCUCCAAACCGCACCAGCGUGGUUUACCCGCCCUGCGAUGUGAGCGCCUUCCUGGACAUCCCGCUGGAGGAGGACGGGGACAGGAAGUGCCACUCCAUCGUCUCCAUCGGGCAGUUCAGGCCGGAGAAGGAUCACCGGCUCCAGAUCAGAGCGUUCAAGAAGGUGCUGGACCGCAGGAGGGACAGGGAGGCGCUGAAGCUGGUUCUGAUUGGCGGAUGCAGGAAUCAGGAGGAUGAGGACCGGGUGCUGAUGCUGAGGGGGCUGUGCCAGGAGCUGAGGGUGGCGGACAGAGUGGAGUUUAAAUUGAAUGUUCCGUUUGACGAGCUGAAGAGAGAAAUGGGGGAAGCUACUAUCGGGCUGCACACCAUGUGGAACGAACACUUCGGGAUCGGGAUCGUGGAGUGUAUGGCAGCAGGGAAAGUCAUCCUGGCGCACAAAUCAGGCGGCCCCAAGCUGGACAUCGUGGUCCCCUUUGAGGGCGGACAAACAGGCUUCCUUGCUGAUGACGAGGACGGUUACGCGGAGGCCAUAGAGAGGAUCCUGACUCUGCCGUCUGAAACCCGUCUGCAGAUCAGACGCAAUGCACGCCAGUCUGUCGCUCGUUUCUCUGAUCAGGAGUUCGAGGUGUGGUUCUGCGCUGCGAUGGAGUCUCUGAUGGCGACACUUGAACGAUGAGACCUCUGUGUGUGUGGAGUUGAAACGAUGGAAGCUGUUUGACUCUUUACGCCUUUACUUUGAUGCACUGACUGCUGACACAGAAUGAUGGGAGGGUGAUUUUUUUUUAGGGGAACAUUUAGCAUUUCAGUUUGAGUUGUUUUUGUAAAUACUAGAUUCUCCUGCUACAUGAAAGACACCGUUUUACAGGAAACAUUCCCUUAUUGGACGUGUUAGUUCAUCCAAAACAAGAUGUAUACUAUCAAUAUGUUUAAAAAAAUGAUGAUGGGGAGCUAACUAGUCGUUUAGAGUGCAAUCACUUACAGAGAAAUGUAAUAUAACUAAAGAGAGGAGAGAAAGAUUAUUGUUUACGAACCUGAAAUGUGAAGUAUUUUUGAUAUUGAUGAACAAAGUAAUAAAGAUAUGUGAGAUGAGUCUGUUUGAGUCCUAUAUAUACUGUCAUAGCAAGGUUCCCACUA